AUGAAGAAACUGAGACUUCUCAAUCUUGCUAAUGUGAACCUCUCUAAUGAUCUUGAAUAUCUCUCCGAUAAUUUACGAAGUCUUGAAUGGGAUGGGUAUCCUUCAAAAUAUUUCCCGUUACAUUUCAACCCAGAGAACCUACUAGAACUUAACAUGUGCCAUAGUCACAUUGAAUCUUUUUGGACGGGUGUUAAGCUUUUAUACAAUUUGAAAAUCAUUAAGCUCAGCCACUCUUUGAAUCUUGUCAACACCCCAGACUUUAGAGGCCUUCCAAAUCUUGAGUAUCUGAUUCUGGAAGGUUGUAUACGGUUGUAUAAGGUUGACCCAUCCCUUGGAAUGCUUGAAAGAAUUACUCAGAUAAACCUGAAGGAUUGCAAAAGUCUUGUGCAUCUUCCAAGAAGUGUGUAUGGCUUAAAAUCUGUCAAAGUUCUUAAUCUUUCUGGCUGCUCAAAGCUCGACAAGUUGCCCAAUGAGUUGGGCAAUGCAGAGUGUUUGGAGGAGAUUGAUGUGAGUGGAACUGCCGUAAGACAACUGCCUUCCUCCAUUGUUCAGUUGAAAAGCCUCACAGUAUUAAACUUUCGUGGAUGUAAAGGAUCAUCACCUAAAUUUUGGAAUUUGCUUUCCCUUUUUCAGCUAUUUCUCUCCCUUUUUCAGCGAUUUCUAAUAAGAAGUCGCGUUCCCACGCCUUUGUUGCUGCCUUCUCUAUCCGGUUUGGUUUCCUUAAAAAAACUUACUCUAAGUGAUUGCAAUCUCUUGGAAGUCCCUAAUGACCUUAGCUGCUUGUCCUCAUUAACGUACCUAGAUCUUAGUAGAAACCAGUUUGUUAGCCUACCCAACGGCAUCUCUCUACUUUCUAGACUUCAAUUUCUUAACUUGGAGUAUUGUGAGAGGCUUCAAGAAUUGCCAGAGGUUCCACAAAGAGUAAUAGCAGUUGUUAAUAACUGUAUUUCAUUAGAAAGAAUUGCCGGAGGUUCCACAGAAAAGUUCCAGUGGCUACGGUCGAGACAAUGUAUCAACUGCUUCAAAUUUGCGGAGACGCACGAUUUCAGGAGUUUGGAAGUCCCUAUUACUCAAUUUGUUGUUCCUGGAAAUGAAAUUCCCGAGUGGUUCAGUCAUAAAUCUGCUGAAUAUAUAUACCAGAAAGAGUGGUUCAAUCCUCAAAGUGUGGAGUAUCCAUUAAGUGUAGAGCUACGUCCAGGUUGGUUUACUGAAAAAUGGAUGGGAUUCACGGUGUGCCUUGCUUUUGCAAUCCAGGAACGAUCACCUCAUUGCGACCCUCCUCUUGAGUAUCGUAGUUUUGAUUACAAUUAUACACAUAUUAUUACUUGCAAAGUGGACAUCAAUGGAAAGGAGAUGACGGCACGUAGGUGUCCAUUUGUGGUCCUUAAUGCAGAGUCGGGGCAAGCUGUGUCUGAUCACCUUUGGGUAGUCUUUUUUCCUCGUCACUUUCCUCAGUUGUGGAAGGGUAUCAGCGAUCAGAUUGAAUUGCCUUCUGGCACAGAGUGGUGGCAAGGUAUAUUUGGUCAGGCUACAUUUUCAAUUUCGGCCAGAGUUGGCCAUGGAGUAAUAGUGAAGCAGUCUGCGGCUCGUCUGGUGUAUGAGGGAGAUUUGGAAGAGCUUGACCCAAGAUUUAGGCGCGGGACUCGCAGCAAUGUCAGCAUUUCUGAGGUGGAUUCAAAAUUCCCCUCUUACACAAACAAGUAG